AUGCUGAGCAUGCUGCGAGCUCUUAACUCCAUGUGGCAGGCAGGCAGCAAGCUGCCAAUGAGCAAUGGGGACUCACGGCAUAACGUGAGGGCGACGGUACCACAGGAGCGAAAAGCCUGCUUCUUCGCAAGCCUCUGCAACGAUUUCUUGCCCUCAAACCAAACUGGCCACGCUUUUUCGCAAGCCUGUCCCUGCAACGAUGUCCUGCUCUCAACCCAAACUGGCCAUGACGGCAUUCCCGCUCGGUCUCGCACUGAAGUGCGCACAUGCCGGCCUGCUUGGAGGGGUGAUUCUCUGUGCUAUUCAGGGCACCUCACCUUACGUGGCGCUUUCCAGCGCUGCCUCUUCUUGCAGCCAGCAAGGGGCAUCCCGGAAGCUGGCACAGGAGGGUUCAUAAGCUUAGCCAGUCUGGAGCUCAAGAAGGCCGAUGUCGGUGCCAUCAACAAAGGGCAUUCGGGCGAGACCAGCAGAAACUUCUCUGCUCCUCCUGCUUGCACCGUGGCAGUGCAAUCGGAACUGGAAAGUGCAAGGCUUGCGAGCCUGUUCACUGAGAGGCACCGUUUCCGAGGGAAGCCCAUUGGACAGUCCGCAGCCGCAGCCGCCUAG